AUGUUCAUCCGCCGUCCUUGUGAAUGUAUCGCCAGCCCACCUCUCUAUUCUUCCAUUCCUUCAUCUCCCUCUCGUUGUCCCCCGCAAUCGAAGUGUGCGAUGGUACAGUUCGAACUCUUCACCGCACCGAUCCUAGCUGGAACCCAAGCCAACUGGCUGUUGCUGGGAACUCUUGCGGUCCAAGUCUAUAAAUUCCACGUCACAUUCCCGAACGAGCGCUGGUGGCUUCGUGCUCUAGUCUUCACUCUAUUUACGCUAGAGAUCGUUCAAACCGCCAUCACCUCCCACUUUGCCUAUUCCCUCCUCGUGAUCAACUGGGGACAACCCGAAAUAUUCGCAAAGUUACCUUGGUCAAGCUUAGCGGUACCCAUUUUCACUGGCAUCACUUCCGCCUCUGUGCAAAUUUUCUAUGCUUGGCGAAUUCAUGCUCUGAAAGGCGCUCGUCUUUGGGCUCGUUUCGUUUGCGUUGUCAUCAUCAUGCUUGCUCUCAUGCAAAGCCUCGCUGCCUUCAUCACCGAUGCUCGAUUUGCGAUAACGACGCAACUUUCAGAACUUGCCUCGCUUAUGAUUGGCGUAAAGGUUUGGCUCAUUGGUAGCGCUGCGUGCGACAUCGUCAUCACUGUCACUUUACUAGGAAUUUUGACGGAGUACCGUCGAAAUACUCCUUGGAAGCGGAUGGAUGGCCUCCUGGCGAAGCUCAUCUACAACACGAUCGAAACUGGGGCUAUCACCACCUUCGUCGCCGUCGCAGAUGUCAUUCUGUUCAUUCUUCUGCCGCAAACCAAUCUACAUCAAACCCCAGCAUUGAUGCUCGGUAAACUGUACACCAACGUUCUCCUUACCACGCUCAACGCUCGCGCUGGGAUUGAUAACGGUCCACGUAGCGGUGGUCAAAGCGGCUCGAAUGGGGGCGCUGCGAUGGUCAACUUGAACGAGACUCGCGCUGCUGGAGCUGCGGCUAGACAGGCGUCGUCAGAGGUCCAAUGGCGAAGAUAUGGCGGCGCUCCUGACAGUGGAGACCUUGAGGCUGGCUUUAACUCGUCUCGUUCGACACAACAGCCUUCACACAAGGUGCAUAUCACGACUUCUACGCACGUUAUGCGGGAUGUGGAGCCAGAAGAUGAUGAGGAGUAUAAAGUCGGUGGUCUAUGA